CCGCCCCCGCCCGCCAUGCAGCCUGCCAUGAUGAUGUUCUCCAGCAAGUACUGGAGCCGUCGUGGACUCUCCUUCGACUCUGCCAUGUUGGACCGGCGCCCGCCGCUACGUCACACCGGUGGACAGAUGUCACGUCGCCCGUCCUUCAGUCCCAUCAGCGAGACUGCCGGCGGGCUAAGUCAGGCGGUGGUGUUUUCACUGAAGAACGAGGUGGGCUGUCUCGUCCGAGCGCUACGACUGUUCCAGGAGAAGCGUGUCAACCUAAACCACAUUGAGUCGCGCGCGUCCAAGCGUGUGGCCAACGAGGUAGAGAUCUUUGCUGACUGCAGCUGCUGCAAGAAGGACUUCAACGAGCUUCUGGAGGUCCUGAAAGAUCACGUCAACAUCCUGUCCUUCAACACGCCCGCCCAUGUCUGGGCCACGCAGGCCGAUGAGGAAGACGUUCCGUGGUUUCCCCUGAAGAUCUCCGAACUGGAUCAGUGUUCUCACAGAGUGUUGAUGUAUGGAACCGAGUUGGAUGCUGACCACCCGGGCUUCAAAGACGAACUUUACCGCCAGCGUCGCAAGUAUUUUGUGGAGGUGGCCAUGAAGUACAAGUUCGGUCAGCCCAUCCCGCGCAUAGAGUACACACAGGAGGAGGUCCGCACAUGGGGCGUGGUCUUCAGGGAGCUCAACAAGCUGUACCCCACUCACGCCUGCAGAGAGUACCUGAAGAACCUGCCCCUGCUCAGCCAGCACUGCGGUUAUCGACACGACAACAUUCCUCAGCUCGAGGACGUCUCACACUUCCUCAGAGAGAGGUCGGGUUUCACCGUGCGACCGGUCGCAGGUUACUUGUCACCCCGUGACUUCCUGGCCGGCUUGGCCUACAGAGUCUUCAAUUGUACACAAUAUAUCCGCCACAGCACCGACCCGCUCUACACGCCUGAACCGGACACGUGUCACGAGCUCCUGGGUCAUGUCCCUUUGCUGGCUGAUCCAAAGUUUGCUCAGUUUUCUCAGGAGAUCGGUCUGGCAUCUCUGGGAGCUUCUGAUGACGACGUGCAGAAACUAGCCACAUGUUACUUCUUCACGGUUGAGUUUGGCCUCUGCAAACAAGAGGGUCAGUUGAGAGCUUAUGGUGCUGGUUUGCUGUCAUCCAUUGGAGAACUCAGGCAUGCGUUGUCUGAGCAGGCCUGUGUGAGGCCCUUUGACCCCAAGACCACCUGCAAGCAAGAAUGUCUCAUCACCACAUUCCAAGAAGUUUACUUUGUCUCGGACAGCUUUGACGAGGCCAAGCAGAAGAUGCGAGAGUUCGCCAAGACCAUCAAGCGUCCGUUCUCUGUGUACUACAACCCCUACACGCAGAGCGUGGACCUCCUCAAAGACACGCGCAGUAUUGAGGAUGUGGUCCAGGAUCUCCGCAGCGACCUGACCACCGUGUGCGACGCUCUCGGCAAGAUGAACACCUACAUGGGCAUCUGACCGCCACCACAUCAAGAGCAAUUCCCCAGAAUAGAAUAGAAUAGAAUAAAACAGGUCUUUGUCAUUGUUGCAGAAGACCAAAAGAUAUAUAAGAUAUUGUACACCAAACGAUAUACAUCAGCAAAGUCUAUAUAGAGGGAGGUGCUUCGUGUCAAGGGUAACAAC